AUGCUCCAGGUCGUUGUGGCUGUUCUUUGUUGUCGGUUGCCUCUUGUGAUAAUCGAUCCUAGGGGCCAUAAUAUUUUAUCACUCGUCCAAACAACGUUUAUUCAGAACAGAAACUCACAAAAAAUCGAAGGCAUCAAGAAAAUGUUGACAUCAGCUUUGGCCUGUCAGUCAUUGCCACACUACUCUGAUUUUGAUACAACUUCAGAGAGUGGUCUUUCUGAUUUAUCAUACGUUCUUCCUUAUCGUCCGAAGAAAUCUUUAACCAGGAAUAAACCUGUGAAAGCUAGUCCUGGUGAAAUAAGGCUUGGAGCAAGGGCGAUGAGAAGAUACGAAAAUGAAGUUUAUUUAAAUACAUUAGCUGUGAUUACUGAAACCGAUGGAGAUAAUAUUGAUGAUUGUUGGCCUGAAAGUUUUAAUUAUUGUUCAACGUUUACUAAAUUACUAGAAGAUGAGAAUAUUCGAGCUGCUUGGGAUGCAUUUAUUCAGUUAUCUGAAAAAGAACAAGAGAAGCUUCUUGGUACACUUCGUGUAAAAAACAAAAUAAAUGAUGAUGAGAUGGCAGAUAGUGAUGAUUAUGAUAUUGAAGAUGAUAUAUCAUCAUAUUCUUCUGCUAUUUACCAUACCCCGCCUUCUUUAUCUCAUACAAAACGUCAUGUGAAACAUCGAUGUAGACGAUCUAAGCGUGAAGAGAGGAAGAAACGAUUUGAUGAUGUGAAUUCACUUCUACAAUCUAAUAUUAAUAUGUGUGUAUCUGUUCAAUCAGAAGAUAAUAACAAUGUAACCAAAGAUAAUUUGCAUGAUUUAGAAAUAGAACGGCGUAUUCCUACUCGUGUAUUAUCGCUUGUAUCAGACUCUAUUCCUACAAACACGAUGACGAUGAACAAUUUAAAACACAAUCGAAAACGUUGUAAACGUCCACUUACUCCGACUGAUAUUUGUUUAAUGCAACGAGUUGAAGUUGAGUUGAGACAGCAUUUUUUCUCUCAAAUUAAUUCAAAUAGUAUUGUUGGUCGUUGGACACCAUCAUUAUCAUUGUUGUCACAAUCAAUGUCACCUUCAAUGACUAACAACUGUACGAAUAAUAAUAAGAAUUAUUAUUCACAUCCAGAUCUAUUGUGCUUGGAUCCAUUUCAAAGAUUAUUGGUUCAUUCAGUUGCUAGCUAUUUAGGGUUGAAUUCAUAUAGUAAUUAUCUCAAGUUUCGGGCCCAUUGUCGACAUUCAUUAAAAAGGUAUAUCUGCAAUCUUGAAGGUAGUGUUGCUCUCACUGGUAUUUUUCGAACCAAUUUGCAUGGAAUCGGAGGCUGGAACUAGUUGUCUACAGAUUACCUCCAACCACAAUGUCCAAUCACUUGGUCAUAUGAUCUUGUUUCAACUUGAGCUGUAUCGUAAAAUCAACACUAAGAACUAGUCUAGACAAACAUAUUGGUUAUAAAUCAAUAAUCAAUAAAUGUAAUAUUAGCUUGCUGCUAAUCGUAAAUCUUUCAACCAUACACUUAAAAAUAAUGAUUUAUGUACUGCAUAACUAUUUAAACCUCAGUAAGCGUAACGAGGUUGAAAUGCUUGACCAACUGACGACUAUCUUUAUCAUUAAACCUUAGCUUUAAUAGGCAAAUGAGAAAUUUGUUUAACUCUGUGUAUUCUUUGAUUAGUUGUAUAAUGGUAUUAUUUUUUUGUUACAUUUAUGUAUACAAAAUACCUUCAUAUGUGUUAUACUAUAUCGUUUAAGGUACAUGGUCUAAUUCACUGGGUGAACGUCAAUUAUGGGUGGAACAAAUUUUAGGUAAAUAUAGUCAACCACCAAAGCAACACUUUGUGACGUUAAUUGAACAAAAAAUCAAACAAUCAUCAAAAUCAUUGUCAUUGAGUACAUAAUAGUGAUCGCUAGUGUGUGUGUGUAUGUGUGUGUGUAAAAGAUAGUUUACUUCCCUACCAUUUUUAAUUGUUGCGCUGUUUUCCCCUUUUCAUCUAACUAUUCCGUUAUAGAUCACGUUUAUAAUAAUAAUAAUAAUAAUAAUAAUAAUAAUAAUAAUAAUAAUAAUAAUGAUAAAUGUGGCUGUAUUUGUUUGGCUUUUCAAGAAAAAAAGUAGUGUUCUAAUCA